AUGGGCUCCCCCCUGAGUGCAGCCAUGGCCUGCCUGUCCAUGGAGACGCUAGAGAGGGAUAACUACAAAAAUAUAAUCGGCAGACGUUCAACUUGGCGUCGUUACGUAGAUGACGUCCUCGUCAUUGUCCCCAGAAGAUCCUCGUACCCACAGACCCUCGUACCCACAGACCCUCGUACCCACAGACCCCCUUACCCACAGACCCUCGUACCCACAGACCUUACCACAGACCUCGUACCCACAGACCCGUACCCACAGACCCCUACCACAGACCCUACCCACAGACCCCCUUACCCACAGACCCUCGUCCACAGACUACCACCCCUGUACCCACAGACCCCUACCCACAGACCCUCAUCCUUCGUCCCCCCAAAACCCCCCUUUCCCCCAAAGGGGGCCCUCGUACCCCCAGAAACCCCCCUUUCCCACAACCCCGACCCCCCAGAACCCCCCUUUCCCACAGACCCUUUGUACCCAAAAGAAACCCGCUUAACCCCCAGACCCCCUUACCCCAAGGGGCCCCCCCGGCCCUCGUCCCCCAAAACCCCCUUAAAACCCCCAGACCCUCGUACCCAAAAAACCUUUUGUAACCCCCAGGGGCCCCGUACCCAACCCUCGGGACCCAAAAAGGGGCCCCCUUACCCACAGACCCUCGUACCCACAGAACCCCCCUUUAACCCCCAGAAACCCCGUUUCCCCAAAAAGACCCCCUUUAACCCCCAGACCCCCCCACCCCCGUACCCACAGGGCCCUCAUACCCACAAUCCUCCUAAACCCCAGGGCCCCCGUACCCCCCAGACCCUCGUCCCCAAAAGACCCUCCUCCCCCCAAAACCCCCUUCCCCCCAGACCCCCGUACCCAAAACCCCCCUUAACCCCCCAGAUUUUCCCCGUACCCACAGGGCCCCCUUUUCCCACCCGACCCUCGUACCCACCAAAACCCCCUUUCCCCCAGACCCUCGACCCACAACCCCCUUACCCCCAAAAACCCCCGGGACCCACAGGGCCCCUCGAAAACCCCCGUACCCAAAAACCCUCUACCCAAGACCCCGUACCCACAGAUCCUCACCCUCGUAAACCCCCAGAACCCCCCUUUCCCACAAUCCUCGUACCCCAGGAAACCCCGUACCCACAGACCCUCGUAAACCCCCAGGGGAACCCCUUUCCCAAAAGACCCUCGGGAAAACCCCAGACCCUCGUAAAACCCCCAAGGGCCCUCGGUCCUCGUACCCCCAGGGCCCCUUUCCCACAGAAACCCCCGUUUCCCCCAGGGCCCCCUUACCCCCCAGACCCUCGUAACCCCCCAGAAACCCCCGGAACCCCCGUACCCCCAGACCCCCAAAACCCCCACCAAAACCCUCGUAACCCCCAAAGGGCCCUUAAACCCCCAGACCCCCUUUUCCCACAACCCCCUUACCCACAGACCCCCUUUUCCCAAAAGAACCCCCACCCCCGUACCCACAAGACCCCGUACCCAAACCCCCUUUUCCCACAGACCCCUUUUUCCCAACAGGGCCCUCCUUUCCCACAAAACCCCUUACCCACCAAGACCCCUGCCCCUAACCCCCAGACCCCUCGGCCCCUUUCCCCAACCCUCGUAAAACCCCCAGACCCCCCUUUCCCCCAGAACCCCCGUACCCACAGGGCCCCCACCCCCCAACCCUCGGCCCUGUACCCACAGGGCCCCUACCCCAAAAACCCCCUUUACCCACAACCCUCACCCUCGUACCCACAGACCCUCGUACCCACAACCCCCCCUUCCCACGACCCCCUUUCCCAAAAGACCCCUUUUCCCAAGAAACCCCCUUACCCACAGGGGCCCUCUUUCCCAGACCCCCUUUACCCACAGCCCUCGUACCCACAGACCCUCUACCCACAGACCCCCUUUUCCCAAGGAAACCCCCGUACCCCCAACCCUCACCCCCCCACCCCCAACCCUCGUACCCCAUACCCCAGACCCCCAACCCCCUUUCCCCCCAAAACCCUCGUUUCCCACAAGGCCCUCGUACCACAAAAGGGCCCUCGUACCCACAACCCUCACCCCCUUAACCCCCAAAACCCCCCGUACCCCAACCCCCUUACCCAAAACCCCCGUACCCCAAGGGCCCCGUACCCACAGAUCCCGUACCACGACCCCCGGGACCCACAACCCUCGUACCCAAAACCCCCUUACCCACGGGGCCCUCGUACCCACAAGGGCCCCCUUUCCACAGACCCUCGUACCCACAAAACCCUGUACCCACAACCCUCGUACCCACAACCCCCCUUUCCCCCAGACCCCCGGCCCUCGUACCCACAGGAAACCCCCGUACCCCAGGGCCCCCUUACCCACAACCCUGUACCCACAAAACCCCCUUUCCCACAGACCCUCGAAAAUAAAAAGUCCGGAAAAGUAAUUAAACCCUAUGAAAAAUAG